AUGUUCCGCCGUUUCAUUACUAUCCUCGCCUCGCCCGGCUCCCGCCCUGCGCUCGUCGUCUCUGCGCCGUCGGUCCUCCCAGCUGGAGACAUCGCGGCGGAGAAGGCGAUCCCGCGCGACGACUCGAGUCUCGACCUGCUCAAGUCGGACGAAAAGGUCGCCGCGUCGCACGACGACCUCGCGACCUCGCCAACCGACUCGUCCGUCAAAGUCGUCGACGGGAUCGUCGCCCCUCGGAGCCGCCUCGACCGCUACCUCGACACGAUCGUCCACUGGUCCGGCUCGCUCCCCUUCUUCCUCUUCAUCUCGUCGGGCCUCGUCGCCUGGGCAGUCCUCGGCGUCGCGGGCUACGGGCACAACACGAACUGGAACGUCUUGAUCUCGGACAUCCAGGCCGUGUUGACCUACAUCCUCGACUCGUUCCUCGUCAGGCAGCAACUCGCGGCGCACGACAGCGUGCUGGUCGUCACGGCUGUCCUUCGUUCGCGCGGGCAGUCGAUCGAGGCCAUGCUGCGCGAGUUGGCGAGUCAGAACGCCGUCGUCGUCGAAGAAGAAGGCUCGUACACGCCCGCCGGUCCGCCGCGCGAGGAGACGGUCACGAUCGAUGUCUCGCUUCCCGAGGACAGCUGGGUCGGGCGCUGCGCCAAGCGACUCUCCGACAUCGCAGGCCACCUCGUCACGCUCGUCCUCUUCUGGAUCGGCAUCGCCGUCUGGCUCGCCUUUGGCCCGUCGCAAAAGUGGUCGAACCAGUGGCAGCUCUACAUGAACAGCUCGUCGUCGGCGCUCAUGCUCUUCGUCUUUGCGUUCCUGUGCUGCGUCCGCGAACGCCACGGAGACCACGUCGCGGCGUGCCUCGACAAGAUCCGCGAGACGGACGAGGAGCUCGAGCGGGUUUUGCGGCGCCUGACGGGCGACUCUCGACCUCACUCGACCGUCGUCGUGCCGGCUCCUCGCAUCAGCCGCCUCCAGCGCGCGAUCAACUACUACGCCGAGUUCAUUGGCUCGCUUGUCGGCGUCGCGUUCCUCCUCAUAGUCGUCGUCGCCUGGGCCGCCGCCGGACCGGCCUUCAAGUUCAACGCGACGUGGUGGUUGCUGAUCGGGACGUACGCCGGGCUGGUCGGCAUGAACGACGGGUUCGUGAUGAGGCACAUGUCGGCGCAGUUCCAGGCUCGCGAGGGCGCGGAACUCGCUCGACUCGCCGAGACCGACCUCGCGUGCCAGGCGCUCGUGCCGCCCACCGCUACGCUCGACUCGUCGUCCUCCGCCGACCCGCCCAAGCGCAGCACGCUCUCCCGCCUCCUCGCCACCGUCGACCGCCUCACCCUCCGCGCGAGUCUCCGAGUGGGCUGGCUCUGCUCUCACGAGUACGCAGUCCUGCUCGGCGUCGUCGUCAUCGCCGGCCUCGUCGUCGCCGCCUCAGCGCUCAAAUGGUCGCUGACAGGCCAACUGCUCUGCAACGUCCCGCCGUCGAUCAUCGAGUCAUUCAUGAUGCUCAUGGUCAUCCAGGGUCACAACGAGAACGACGCCAAGACGAGGUGUGACUUGAGCGUCGUGUUUGAGCGCAGGGCCGUGUUGCUCGCGUGGACUCGCCAUGUCGAGCGGUACGGAGUUGGGACAAGCGUCGGCUUCCGCCCGGUCCUCGUUGGCAAGUCCGAGCCUGUGGUCAACGUCAAGGCGGAGGCGGACAAGCUCGACGUCUAG